AUGUCCAACCUUCCCGCUGCUCUUAACGCCACUGAGGACGACAUCCAGCUCCUCCUUGCUGCCCAGGCCCACCUCGGCACCAAGAACUGCGACAAGUCUAUGGAGUCGUACGUCUGGAAGCGUCGUGCCGACGGUAUCCACGUCCUCAACAUUGGCAAGACCUGGGAGAAGCUCGUCUUCGCCGCGCGUAUCCUCGCCGCCAUUGAGAACCCCAACGACAUCUGUGUCAUCUCUGCCCGUCCCUACGGUCACCGUGCCACCCUCAAGUUCGCCUCGUUCACUGGUGCCCAGGCGAUCGCCGGCCGCUUCACCCCCGGUUCGUUCACCAACUACAUCACCCGUUCGUUCAAGGAGCCCCGUAUCAUUGUCGUCACCGACCCCCGUGUCGACCACCAGGCUAUCCGCGAGGCCGCCUACGUCAACAUCCCCGUCAUCGCCUUCGCUGACACCGACGCCUCGCUCAAGUUCUGCGACGUUGCCAUCCCCUGCAACAACAAGUCGCGUCACUCGAUCGGUCUGAUGUGGUACCUCCUCUGUCGUGAGGUCCUCCGUCUCCGUGGCCAGGUUCCCCGUGGCCCCACCGGCCCCUCUGGCUGGGACGUUCUUCCCGACCUCUUCUUCUACCGCGACCCCGAGGAGAUCGAGCGCGAGCAGCAGGAGAAGGCUCAGCAGGAGGCCGAGGCCGCCGAGGAGGCCGCUGCCCCCGCCGCCACCAACGAGGAGUGGACCGGUGCUACUGGCACCGACGCCGCCUUCGCCGCCCAGCCCACCGACCAGGCUCUUGACUGGUCCGCCGAGCCCCAGGGUGGAGACUGGGCCGCUGAGCCCGCUCAGCCCGCCCAGGACGGCGCCACCGGUGGCUGGUAA